CACACUCUCUCUCUCUCUCACUCAUACUCGGUUAUAGGGAAUAUAACCCAUACCGUACCAGAAUACUGAUCCUAGCAAACAUCAGUCGCCAUCCAUUAUCAAAUAUACAGAUAACAGCCUUGCACAAGAGCAUCUUUACUUUGGUGAAGGACAGGACACAGAUAGAGGACAUCCUGCGCGACAUCCUGAAGCAUUGUUUGUUUUGUUUUGUUAUUUUUGUCCAUUUCGGGUUGCAUUUCCUCUACAACCUCUUCGGAACGCUUCGGAUCCUAAUCGUCGCGCAACAAAUCCUUAUCAUUUGAUUGACCGAUUGAUUUAUUUAUAUAUCUAGAGACAUCCGGAAAAUCCGGUAGCCUACGUCACCGACGUAACCUUCUCGCGUUACGUAACACCGACGAGCGCAACCGUGCGCCAAAUCCCUCAUGUCAAGACGCACACCUAUGAAGCGCUGUCUUCAUUACAGGAUCUGAAGAAAAGCCGCAUAUCCUAUUCUUGUUAUUUGUGCAGUAUUAUAUAGGCUAUUUGGUUUGGAUCCAGGUUUUUUUUGUCGGCCAACAGCCUAUGUUCUUGCUCCGGUUCAUUCCUUAGUGCGAAACGGAUUGGUGAGGAAAAAAAAAAAACAACCCAAAAAAACAUGUCGGGCCAGACGCUGACGGAUCGCAUCGCCGCCGCGCAGUACCAGCUCACCGGCUCGGACGUGGCUCGGGCUGUGUGUAAAGCUACCACACACGAGGUGAUGGCGCCUAAGAAGAAGCACCUGGACUAUCUGAUCUCCGCCACCAAUGAGACCAAUGUGAACAUCCCACAGAUGGCCGACACGUUGUUCGAGAGGGCGAUGAAUGCCAGCUGGGUGGUGGUCUUCAAAGCGCUCGUCACCACACACCACAUGUGUAUCCAUGGCAAUGAGAGGUUCAUCCAGUACCUGGCCUCCAGGAAUUCACUCUUCAACCUCAGCAAUUUUAUCGACAAAACCGGUACUCACGGCUACGACAUGUCCACAUUUAUCAGACGAUACGCGCGGUACCUCAACGAGAAAGCGUACGCUUACCGUGCAAUGGCCUUCGAUUUCACUCGAGUCAAGAAAGGUGCUGAUGGAGUGAUGAGGACUAUGGCUCCUGAAAAACUGCUAAAGGCUAUGCCGGCUCUGCAGACUCAAGUGGACACGCUACUGGAAUUCGAUGUUCAUCCCAAAGACCUGAACAAUGGCAUCAUCAAUGCAGGGUUCCUGCUUCUCUUCAAGGACCUGAUUAAACUCUUUGCCUCCUACAACGACGGCAUUAUUAAUUUAUUAGAGAAAUAUUUCAAAAUGAAGAAAUCUGACUGCAAGGAGUCGCUCGAGAUCUAUAAGAAGUUUCUGACGCGAGUAACGAAGAUUUCAGAGUUCAUGAAAAUCGCAGAGCAAGUCGGCGUGGACAAAAAUGACAUUCCUGACAUAUCUUAUGCUCCCAGCAGUAUUCUGGAAUCUCUGGAGACACACAUGAACAGUCUAGAGGGAAAGAAAGGAGAGGGGUCUCCGACAAAGGGAUCACCCACCAACAACGUCUCUCCGACGUCCACUCCGUCCAAAUCCGGAGCCUCUGUGCCCACCCUGGAGCCACCGCCUGCGGAGGCUGCGGCUGCGGCUGCGCCCGCUUCCGCCGAGCCUGCCACUGAUUCUCUGCUGGAUUUGGAUCCGCUGUCUUCUUCAGGGGCGCCUGCUUCAACUGCUCCAACAUCCUGGGGAGAUCUUUUGGGGUCGGAAUUCGGUUCCUACACUACGGAGAGUCUCCUCCCUGACCCCACCCCUGCUGUAGACUCUACCUCUCCUGCGACAGCUGUGUCUAGUCCCCCAGCUGGUGAAGGCGCUGCUUCUGUAGCCCCUCCCUCUACCGCCGCUGGCCCAACCCCGAGCUCGGCGGAUCUCCUAGGAGGUGCGUUUGGAAGCCCAUCAGCUGAACCAGCAUCUGCUGUGGAGACGGGGGGUUCGGGCACCACGGCCGCUCCUGCCGCUGACGCUUCUGCUACAAAUGACUCUGCAGGUGCAGGCAAUGGCCAACCCACAGCUCCAGCACCAGCAACAUCUGCAGGAGGAGAUCUAAUGGGAGCGUUUGGUGGCUUGGGGGAUAUGCUCAUGCCAGCCAUGGCCCCUCAGCCAGCUGGAGCAGCUCCCAUGGCAGCCUCACCAGUUAAACCAGUGGGAGGGAAUCUGGACUCUACUAUGGCCAAUUUAGCUGGAAAUCUGGGAAUGGGGACUCAGAAACCCGGUGAAGCAGCAGGAGGGGCGAACUGGCAAGCGCAGGUAGCAGCCCCUAGCUGGGGCAUGCCCAUGCCUGUGCCCUCCAUGGUCUCUCCUCUCAUGGGGUCCCAGUUGCCAUUUAGCAUGACCGGUGCAACAGGCGCAGCUCCCAUGAUGUUCCCCCAGCAGCCUAUGAUGAGACCGCAGUUUCCUGCUGCAGGAGCGUCUGCAGCACCGAUGUCUUCUGGAAUGACCCAAAGCCCAAGAAAGCCUCCUCCUCCAAAAGAUCCCCUUGCUGACCUGAACAUCAAGGACUUCCUAUAGGUCACCAUCAGCAAGUCAGCGACUAUGACCCUGAGGAAAUGGAUGUGUGCAUUUCUUUUCAGAUCAGUAUCCUCAGGGUCUCCUUCGCUCCCUCCCUCCCUCACUCUUUCUGUCUAAUGUUGUAUUACAAACUGUGAAAGUGAUAAUGUAUACGUGUGUGUGCGUAUUUUAAUGUUUCCAGGCUAUAUUUAAAAAGGCAACCCAUUUAAAAAAAAAACAAACAAAAAAAACAAAACGGUAUUGAUGGAUGCAUCCCCGUACAUCCGCAGUGGUGGGUGUGUAUUCCUUUUUGGUUUUUCCUGCCUUGUUUUUUUUGUUUUUUUGUUUCUUUUCUGUGAGGAACCCAAACAGAUGUGUAAUGUUUCUGUGGAGAAAAAUAAUGUGUUUGGUGUGGUACAUAUCACUGGGCUUACUGGAUCCAUGUCGUCAUUGAAGUAUUAGUUGUCUAGCUCUUAGCCAUACAGCAUCUGGUUCUGGGACACACGUGAAUGAACAUAGCGUUAACGGACGUACUAAGGUUUGUGUAGCAUCUCCGUUCUGUUUCUACUAAAUAUCCUGCUUUUCUUCCUCUUCCGUCAGUGACACGCAACAUCGGACUAGGCCUAUUAACAACCAAUAUGCAUUUGGAAUAUUUUAUCUUUAGUCUUUAUUUUGAGAUAAAAGAAUCUAUUUUAGUUAUGUUGAAAGUACUUUAUGUAUUAAAAGAGGUGGUACAAAAUACUUGCGCUUGUAAAACAAAUAAAUAAAUACGUGUGUUCCUGCCACCUGAAUGCAACCUAGCUCUGUUUAAUGGCACCUUGUAGUGAAUAGUGGUAGCGCACUAGCACAAGAGCACAGCAGUUCCGUGGAUCUAAAACUUGCAGUAGAUGGUAAGAUAUUUACAGAUUACAUCUACAAAACCAUCCGCCAUUGGUUUUACAAUCAGUCCAUAAUAAUGACUAAACUGGCGUGUUGAUCCAUUGCAGUAAGGAAAUGUGGGGGAAAAACAAAACAAAACAAAACAACAAACCCUGGUUGGUAGAACGUCUGAUGGAAUAAUGUUAUAUUAACAGUGGAUGUGCUGGUUAGGUUUGCUUCCCCCCCCUCCCCCUUUUUUUAUUUAUUUAUUAUUAUUUUUUUUGGUGGAUCUUAAUUUUUUGGAUGUAAUAAUCCCCUUCUGUCCCAAUACUCUUCUGUGCAUGUAAGUCCUGUUGAAAUGCAAUAAACAGUUACCUGGAAAACA